AUGCAGAAAAUUCCCAAUAGAAGCCAGAGGUCAAAGGGCUUCAAGAUAAAGCAUGUUAUCCAGGCAUGUCUACUUCUAGCAAUUUGCUUCUGGUUGCUUGUCCAAGUCAAGCGCUUUAUUGACAAAAGCAAUGCAUAUGUGGAGAUCACAGAGGAAGGAUCUGAAAUGGAGCUCAGUGAACACGAACCCAUAAAACUCGGAAGAAAGGAUCUCGAUCCACAAGUAAAGACAUUAAGUUUUAAGAAUGGAGGAAGUGCGGAGAAACAAGAAUUGGAAGGAGAAACUGAAGAGGUUAAAAGUGAAGAAACUGAGGAAGGAAGAGGAGGUGGAGAUGAUGAGAUAGAUAGCCAUGACCUAGAGAAAGUGGAAGAAGAAGAACCUGAAGAAAAUGAAGAUGUAAAGAAUUUCCAGAUGAUAAGGGAAGAGCAUUACAAGGGUGACGAUGCCUCCAAUGCUGUGAUGCAGAACACGCAGACAACAACAAACAGUGUUUUUGAAAUCAGGGGGUUAAGACAGUUGAAGGAUGAAGAUGCUAAGAAUACAGACAGCACCAAACUAGAAAAGAAUAAAGAAAACAACAUGAUCAUCAACGAGGUCAACACUGAUUCAGUGAAACCAGAACUCGGCUCAAAUUUUAGCACAAGCUGUGAUCUUGAUGCCGACAAGAAAGACCUGGCAAGAAAAAUCCCAAAAAACGAGGAUAAAGAGACUCUUGUAGUUCUCAGGAAUGGAAUUGGGGAUGCAGCUGAAUGA